AGAAUGGCAGGGAAAAAGGCAUUAGUAAUCCUCUCUAAAGGUGCAGAAGAGAUGGAAACAGUUAUACCUGUGGACGUAAUGCGUCGAGCUGGGGUUAGUAAACUUAUCGAGUUAGCUAAAUUGGAUUACGCACACCAAACACUGAUCUAGUUAAGUUGAGAUUGUGCAAACGUUAGCUGGCUGGCUCAAUUUAGCUUGCUAAAAGCUGCAUUUUAACUAACUAGUAUUUUAGCAGAUAUUUUAUUUACCUAACCACAGUCAAGUUGAAACUGCAGUCCAAGUUCGACAUGCAUGCAGAUCUCUUUUUUUGUUGCUCUAACUAGCAAGAUUGCUGUGAUGUUGGCAGGGUUGACAGGCAAAGAGCCUGUGCAGUGCAGCAGAGAUGUCUACCUUGUUCCUGAUGCCAGCCUGGAGGAUGCCCGCAAGCAGGGUCCGUAUGAUGUGGUUUUUCUGCCAGGGGGAGCUCUCGGUGCCCAGCACCUGUCAGAGUCGCCUGCUGUGAAAGAGGUGUUGAAGGACCAGGUGGACAGGAAAGGGCUGAUCGCUGCCAUCUGUGCAGGUCCCACGGCUCUCCUGGCACACGGUAUUGCCUACGGCAGCACAGUCACCACCCACCCUGGUGCCAAGGACAAGAUGAUGACUGGUGGCCACUACAAGUAUUCUGAGGCUCGAGUCCAGAAGGAUGGCCAUCUGAUUACCAGCCGCGGGCCAGGAACCAGCUUUGAGUUUGCCCUGGCCAUUGUAGAGGAGCUCAUGGGGGCUGAGGUUGCUGCUACUGUCAAAGCACCCCUGGUUCUGAAAGACUGAGUGGUGUUGAGCCUUUCAAACUAAAGCACUGUCAACUAAAACCCUAAGUACUCCGCACUGUUCAUCAUGGUACACGUGCCAAUCAUUGUGAACAAAGAAUAAUGAUAAUGACAGGAUAAUGUGCAAUAGUAAGAAGAUGCAUUUUUAUUAUUCUCUUCUAUCCUUCCCUGGGACAUGUUGCCCCUGCACUUUAAGCAUCAGUGAUUUGGGAUUGUUAUUGCUUUUGUAUAGGAAAAUCAAUGUUAAAUUGUAUUGAUUUAAAUAUCAAAUAUAUUGCCGUCUUCACUGUCCAAAAGCAUUGAUGUAGCUUCAUCAUUAAAGUCAUCUGAACCCC